UCCUUUCAACUGGAAAUGGACAAUGUGUCUGCGCUUUGUUCUCUGGGACCCUUUCUCCUGUGCAUCAACAAUUGCUGUGACGUGCUCACUCUAACAGCCGUCCUGCAAGUGACAAUUUCUCUGGGCAAAGUGGAACUCAGUGUGGGAGAAUCCAAGUUCUUCACCUGCACAGCUAUUGGGGAACCUGUCAGUAUAGACUGGUACAGUCCUGAUGGAGAAAAAAUCAUCUCCAAUGAAAGGGUGGUUGUGCAGACAGAGGGCGUGCGAUCACGACUUACCAUUUACAACGCCAACGAGGAGGACGCUGGCAUCUAUCAAUGUCAAGUGAAGGAUGCCAGUGGAAAUUCUCAGGAAGCUACAGUCCUGGUGGAAAUUUACAAAAAGCUGACCUUUCGCGACAUCCAAUCCCCGCAGGAGUUCAGAGAGGGAGAGGACGCCGAGGUGAUUUGUCAAGUGAGCAGCUCUCCGGCACCCAUGGUAACCUGGCUACAUAACAACCAGGAUGUCACUGCUGCUGUCACGGACAACUUUAUGAUGGUUGGUGAUAGCAACCUGAAAAUCCGACACAUUAGUAAGAAGCACGAAGGUGUGUACCGGUGCGAGGGAAGAGUGGAGGCGAGAGGAGAAAUUGACUUCAGAGACAUCAUAGUAAUUGUCAAUGUUCCUCCCACAAUCCAUGUUCCUGUGCGGUCAGCAAAUGCAACAGCAGAUCGACAGGAAUCUGUAGCACUGAUGUGUACCGCAACUGGAUCUCCAGAACCCACCAUUACCUGGUACAGAAACGGGAGGCUGGUUGAAGACAGCAAUAAGUACUCGUUAAAGGAAAGCACCAAGCUGACAAUAACAGACAUUGGCCGCGGAGAUACAGGGUCCUACAGCUGCCGAGCCACAAACAAAGCAGGAAACGUGGAAGAGCAAUUGUUCCUGAAAGUCUUCGUUCAGCCGCGUAUAACAUCCUUGGAGAACAAGACAGCGACAGAGAACGGGCAAGUGGAGAUCACCUGCGAGGCCGAGGGAGAUCCAGUUCCAGCAAUCUUCUGGAGAAGGUCUGGCAAUGGAAGCAAUGUGCUCGAAAGAGAGAAGGUCCGGAAUGAGAGAGUUGAGGUGCAGAGUCAGGAAGGGAAAUCUUCACUGCGCAUCAGAAACAUUGAACCGAGUGACUCGGGGGCUUAUCACUGUGAAGCUGUCAGUCCAAUUGGGCAAGACCAGAAGAGCAUGCAUUUAGAUAUUCAGUAUGCUCCAAAGUUUCUCUCAACCCAGGUGACCUACUACUCCUGGGAGGGAAACUCCGUCAACAUCAGCUGUGACGUUGCAGCCAACCCCCAGCCAUCCAUCCGCUGGAAGAAGGAAGGGGUUGAGCUCUCAGAUUUGAACACAUCUGCUGUCAGCAUUUACAAGAAGGGGACCAAGAUCCUUCUGGAGAUUACUCCAGCCGUGGACAGUGACUUCGGCAGCUACAACUGCACAGCCAGUAACCAGAUAGGGACGAGGUUUCAGGAGUUCACACUCGUACAGGCUGCUGUGCCAUCCAGUCCGUAUGGUUUGAGGGUGCUCGCUGCAUCACAGACAGUGGCAAGAAUCUCCUUUACCAAGCCUGAUUCGCAUGGUGGUGUCCCCAUCCAUCACUACCAAGUGGAGAUAAAGCUGGCAGACUCUGAAGAAUGGAGAUCCGUGAAUUCCAAUGGGACUCAGACUCAAGUCAUCCUCACCAACUUGAAGCCCAACUCAACCUACCACUUCCGCGUGGCGGCUGUCAACGGCAAAGGCCGAGGGAAACACAGUCAGACGGAAACCUUUCAGACUCUCCCAGUCCAGGAGCCCGGACCUCCUGCAGUUCAGGGUUACAAAGGCAGUGGCAAGAACUUCAAGCUCGUGGUGACAAAGCAGGACGAUGGAGGAUCUCCCAUCCUGAGAUAUGUGCUCAAAUACCGGUCUAAAGACAAAGAGGAGGAAUGGGUGCAGAAGGUAACACCGGGAGGCCAGGACUCCAUCACCCUGGAACAGCUCCAAUGGGACGUGCAGUACCAGGUCCAGAUCACAGCCGUCAACAAGUUGGGAUCUUCCGAGCCAACCUUCUAUGAGUUCACCAUGCCGCCAAAGCCCAACACCAUUGCCAACACCCUGUUCCGGAGCCUGGGUCUUGGGGCUGUGGUUGGCCUCACUGUCGCUGCUCUCCUGCUAAUCCUGGUCAUAGCGGACAUCAGCUGCUUCUUCACAAAGCAGUGUGGCGUGCUGAUGUGCAUCGCCACAAGGAUCUGUGGGAAAAAGAACGGCUCGAGCACCAAGGUCAAGGAGGCAGAAGAAGGCAAAGCGGCCUAUUUAAAGGAUGGAUCAAAGGAGCCAAUAGUGGAGAUGAGGACGGAAGAUGAACCAAUCACAAAUCACGAUGGGAGCUCGGCAAAUGAACCAAACGAGACCACCCCCCUCACAGAGCCCGAGAAGUUACCUUUAAAGGAAGGAAAUGGCAAAGAAUCCUUGAGUCCAGAAAACAUGGAAGAGGCGGUGCCUAAUGACGUCAUCCAGCCGAAAGAAGACUGCACCAAAGCAUGAUGGGAGGAACUCUACCCAAGAAACAGGCAAAGCACCGUUAACCUUGCAACCAAUACUUGUAGGAAGGGGAAUCCAUAUUUGUGAGGUCGAGACAUUAGAAUGGCUUUGGAAACGUUCCUAAGUUGCAUUAUCAGUAAUACAAGAAAUCAAAAUUUGUCCUCAUUUUUCUGGAAGGAUUUUUGGAAAAAAAAUAUUUCUGUCUUAAUUUUCCCCCUUUUGCUGUUAAGAAAAUUUUAAAAAAGUGUAACUUGUAAAUGAUAUUGUGGAGUUAAAGUUAAAAACAAUCUUUAUAUUGCUCUUUAUCUAUGUAAAUAUAUAUACAUAUAUUAUAUAGCAGACAAAACAAUCAGUCUGUUGUUUCCCAGUCAGUGAGGUAUUUUAUCUAUUCUUGUAACGCAGGAGAAUGCGACCUUAUUCCUUGUGUGACCAUCUUUUCUUUCUUUCAGUUAUCUGAGAUGGAGGAGGAUAUUGUCAUCAGAUAGUUAGCUUUGGACAAUUCAAUACAGAUAGGAUUGGUGAUCAAUAUCACCAAAAACUUCUUUUUAGUUCUCAGUUACCACACACCUGCGCCUUCAUGUUCUCUCCUCUGGGGUUUCUUGGAACCUGUUAACCACCUUACCAAUCAAGCCAUCCCCACCCACCCUUGGCCUGUCACCCUCUCCACAAAGCUUCUCAGAUAUCGGACCGAUCUCUUUUCACGUAGCUAACUGUCUUGUUGUGUGCGGACACCAGGAGAAAACUGUUUACGGACCAUAAUGGACUUCUGGUUUCACCUGUAAAAUUAAUUUCUGCACAUUACGCACACACACAAACACACAUUCUCUCUCUUUCUCUACCACCCCCCCCCAUUGGCCCAAUUACCCAACCACGCCCAAGGAGGGAGUUAUUGGUUUAGCCAAUUGAGAAAGCUAUUAGCCCAGCCACAAAGAGUGAGAGAGUCAUUGGUUUAGCCAACAGAGAGUCUUUGGCCCAACGAACAGAGAGGGCCACUGGCCCAGAUGCACAGAGAGGAGAAAUUAGAGAACAUAUUCAGGAACAUCAGUGUGGAACAGUGCUCUAUUAGCUGCAUCAUUCUACAUUCUUGCGAAACUGCAUCAUAAUUCACCGUCAAGUGACAAAAACUUUGCUUUUUGUCUUUGUGUCAAUUUGAAGCUGGAUAGUUGGAGACGGGAGUGUAGAGGUAAUCAAAAGAAACAGACAGGCCAUACUUAACACCCAACCCAGCACUCACAGAGGACAGCCCCAUCUUAGUGAUUGCCCCCAAAGUUUCCCUUCCCUGAAAUAUCUCUAGCGCCCCCUGAUAAGGAUACUUGUCAGUUCAACAGCAGUAAAUGGUCUGAUUCCUGACCACUGCACUGCUAUGCCCCUCGCAAUUUGAAGAGCAUCCGGCCACCAUUUUAUGACUGAACUCCUCCGCCCUCCUCGCUCGGUUCCCUGUUGCCCCCACGCGGCAGGUGGUCCUCAGCUGUAACUCUACUUAGUAUAGUUUUGUGAUUUAUUUCUUCAGAUGUCUGGAUUUUUUUAACCUCGCUAUAAAAAAGCAUUGCUCCUUUUUCUCAAAAAGAACAGUUUGUGAUGAGGAUGUAAAGUCUUCCUCUCAAUGGGUGUUACCGUUUGACCAUAUUUGGUGCUAUUGUUGUGUGGCUUGUCGUGUGGUUUCUAUUGGGAAGGGUCUAUCAGGACCACAAGGGAGACCACCCCUGGGAUAUGAAUCAGGCCAACCAUUGACUAGGGAGUAUUUCUAGAGUUAAAUGCAAGAAGGGAAAAUUCCACGUGAUUUGAGAUAUCUGUGCUCUCCUCAAAAAAGGGACAUACAUUUCGUUCAAGGGAAGCUGACGGGAGCCCGCACUAGGGGUGAAUUGACCCCAUUUCUGCUGUCCGUCAUUAACCUCACUGCAUCUUCCAUCCAGUUCAGUGGCCAAUGAAUCUCGGGGUGCCUCCCACUCACUAGGAAAGGUUCACUCCAAGAGGAGGCAAAAUCUUACAGGAAUCAGCUUUUUUUGCGGGGGUGGCGGGAGGGAAGAACCUGUUCUCGUUUACUGCCAGCCUCAUCAAAUCAAUGUGCAAUGGGAAUAGGGGAAGGAAUAGACAUAGAGAGUGGGGAAGGGUUUUCAGCUGAGACAAGUCAGACAGGGCCCCUAAAGUGCCCAGGAAUGGCAGUCCAAGUGACCUAUUUCUGUGCCAUUUCCCUGAUGGUGUGAUGUCUGAAUCUGAUCUCCACUGGUUGUACUUCACAUACCCUCCCCUUCCAAAAUUCGCUCCCCAAUAUUGGAUUUUACCCUUCCCAUUCUUGGGCUCUUCCUGACCAACUGUCCUUGAGAGAUCCAUCACUCAAGCGCCCUCUCCUCCAUUCAGGUGGAACUUUUUUGCCCUUGUCUUCGCAAACAGAACGAAGCUCCAGACGUCGUUCCUCGUUUCCAGUGCAGGUCUCCCCUCCCUCGCACCACACAGCCAUCUCUCGGAGGGAGUGCAGAGAGGCAGCAGGUGGAAAGAGCAAAGGUGACAGAUUGGUGCACUGUCCUAUUCCUCCCAGAACAAAGAGGCAGAGGAGGAGCAGAUGGGGUAAACUGAAAUUCUUCCUGUCUAUAUUUUCCCUGUUGGAAGCCAUUCUCCACCAGUUAUACCUGGGCACCUUCUUAAAGGUGGUUGGGUGAAGGGAGUGACAUCACUGGAGAAGGCAUAAUCCUCUUAAAGGGGAAGUUUACUUACUGGGGCACAGGCCGCUGACAGCAGCUUGCCAAAGAACUCUGGCCUGGGCUAGUCUUUCCAGUGUAGGCCAUUUUCUUGGUCAGGUCUUUCUUCUUCCAGGGAUGAGAACUUUGGAGCUUCCGUGGCCAUUUCUGUAACUCUGGAUUUUUAUGGGAUCUGGUUGCUAGACUCAUGCCUAACUCUCCUCCCUUCACAGCCGGGCUUGGCAGACUUCUUAAAGGGGAAAACUUAGGUAUAAUCAAGUCUGAAAUUCCCUUUAAGACCCUUAUUUUUCUGAAUUUCUAUCCAAAAGCUGGAAGUUUGAUUCCUUGAACCCACCUCUCUGGGGAUAAUUUGGACAUACAAAUCCCUCAUAUUUGGACACUUCAGUUCUCUACACGACUCUCGACAUUGAGCUCAGGGUCCUGACGACACGGUUGUUAAAAAAAGCAAAUUCUGAACCCGCUGUACCUGGGAACAAUGUGACUUUUCGCAAUCGGUACGUUUGGUGGGAUUGUUCUCGGGUCUGUGUCUGUACUCCAAAGCUACUGUUGUAUAUGUGUCUGAGGAAGCUGUGACUGGUCGGUAGCCAGACUGCAGAUGUGACACCGUGUACAGAUGUGCAAGUUAUCACUCACCCCCUGUGUCUUUUCUAAUUAAACGCCAUGUGUGCAGCUCAUUCUGCAUGUUGGAAAUCAAAAGUUGAAUUUUUCUUUUUUUAAAGAGUUUAAGCCAACGCAACAGAUGGUGUCCUGUGAUACGAGUUCACCAGCUGGGUUCCCGCAUCUCUGCACCUGGAUUUCCCAUUUCAAUC